UCAUACCACGAACCCUCUGUUUCGUAGUAUGACAGUUUGAGGUUGAGACCUGAAUAUAAUGGCGGCGAUUAUAAGGUUGUUUUACAGUUUGGCAGCUAAAUGUUAACACGACGACUUGUGCUCCAUAACUUUCGUUGAAUUUGACUGACUUGUGUAUAUUUCUUUACAGGGCGACGCAGUGAAUAGGUGGUAUUACUAUAUAUGAAGGUUUUGAUUUGUAACUUGUUUUUGAUUACUUUUGCAGCAGAAUACAGGGUUUUGAUCUUCAUGUGCGGCUCUAUAUUUUAUUUAAGUCACGACGUUUAUGUGCGAUUAUAUUAUAUUUGUUUUAUUCUGUCGGUGUUGGAAUUGUGUUUGCUUUUUUCUUCUUCUUCUUUUUUCUUAUAACCCUCUUAUAGGAGCCUUUUGCCACCCCUUAUGAAACACAUUUCUUAAUGGUUUGAUUCUCCCGUUGCCAUACAAUGAACCCUCUGUUGUCCUUUCAUCUCUGAGGAAAUGCAAUUGUUCCUCAAGGUAUUCCUAGGCAACGGCCCAGUGUUAUUGUGUUUCCAUGGAUUUCCCGCACAUGACGGAACAAUGUAUGACGUAGAAACUAGAACAUACAGUAUGUCAAAAGUUUAAUUUAGUUUCAGGUUGACGCUUUAACAUAAUGGCGGCGAGCAUAAGGUUGUUUUACAGAUUGGCAGGGCCAAGACUGAACAGUGUUCGUACAAAUUACACAGCCACUCGUGCUAACCUUAAAAUUUCCAACGCUACUAAAGUAAUAUGUCAGGGGUUCACUGGCAAACAGGGAACACUUCAUAGUAAGCAGGCUAUUGACUAUGGAACAAAAGUUGUAGGAGGUGUCUCUCCAGGGAAGGGUGGAAAAACCCACCUCAACUUACCAGUUUUUAAUUCAGUGAAAGAGGCAAAAGAUUCAACAGGAGCAGAUGCCACUGUUAUUUAUGUUCCACCUCCUCAUGCAGCAAAAGCUAUGAUUGAAGCUAUUGAGGCUGAAAUGCCACUCAUAGUAUGUAUCACAGAAGGAGUUCCACAACAUGAUAUGGCAAAGGUGAAGCAGCUUCUGAUGAAACAGUCCAAAUCUCGCCUUGUUGGGCCCAAUUGUCCAGGUGUCAUUGCACCAGAACAGUGUAAGAUUGGAAUUAUGCCUGGCCACAUUCAUCAGCGUGGGGUUGUAGGUAUUGUGUCACGCUCAGGAACACUGACAUAUGAGGCUGUGCACCAAACUACACAGGUAGGACUAGGCCAGACAAUGUGUUUUGGAAUUGGUGGUGAUCCUUUUAAUGGAACUGAUUUUAUUGACUGCUUGGAAGUAUUCCUCAAUGAUCCGGAAACCAAAGGUAUAAUCUUGCUUGGAGAGAUUGGAGGAGUGGCUGAAGAGAAGGCUUCUGAAUACUUGCUACAGCACAACACGGGAGACAAAGCCAAACCAGUAGUGUCAUUCAUUGCUGGAUUGACUGCACCUCCAGGCCGAAGAAUGGGUCAUGCUGGAGCUAUUGUUUCAGGUGGAAAAGGCGGUGCACAAGACAAGAUUAAUGCAUUAGAAAAGGCUGGAGUAAUUGUCACCAAAAGUCCAGCACAAAUGGGCGCAGAACUUUUGAAAGAGAUGAGACGACGAGGACUGGCCUAACUGCAUGGUGGCUGUAUUAAUAUUAUGUUAAUUGGUAGAUAUUUGUAUACAUAAAUUCAAUGUUUUUUACUGGAUUGUCAAUGCUUCAUGAGAGUAUACACAUUUUCCCAACUCAUUCAACAGACGUAAAAAUCAGUUGAUAUUUCGUGCCAAAGAUGAAGUUGUUACAGAAAGAUAUACGUUUUAUAUGUGAUUAAAGGUAUUCUGUUUUCUCCUUUACUUUAAUGAUGAUAUAUUCACUUAAGAUAACCAACUCCAAAAAUGUAUUAAUGCAAGGAGAAAGUGUAUUAAAUUAUAUUAUCCACAUUAAUGCAAGUAAAAAGUGUAUUAAAUUAUACUAUCCACAUUAAACAUAAGAAUCUUUUAACCGUCAUCCUUUCCAGUAUUAGGCCUGUCGAGACCUGUUACUGUACGAUACCAUUCACAAAAAUCAGUCUGAUAUGCCUGCUGAAGAGGGUCAUGAUAUUGCAACUUGCAUGCAAGCUAUGUCAGCGACUUUGAAGAAAAUACUGACUGUGGGCUAUUAACAGAGUUUCUGCAGUCAUCAGCAAGACUGCCAAUUUCUUCAGAUCACUUACUGAGGUUAUCAGUAACUUUGUCAGUGGCUGUGAUGCUAGUUUUCUAGAUAGCGCGGCCCUGAAAUUAAUUUUACAUUAGAAGAUGGCCCAACUUCAGGGAAGGAAUACUCGUCUCCCACCUCGAGUGCGUGCCUGCUAAAAUACUCUCUGUACAUUUAAUAAUCUAUUGUAGUGUGUACAGCCACUGCAAUACUAUAGACAAAUAAACUAUGUUAUGCAACCCGUUUCUAGGCAAUGGAUCAGUAAACACAUUCCCAAACAUAACAACAGAGUUACCGUUGAAAACAGUGUUUUCUACUUGGUCCGUGCAAAGUUAUUAUAAGGAAGACAAUUGGGGUUACCCAUGCCUUAGAUAACGCAUUAAAACAUUUCUAUGUGUAUCGAAGUAAGGAUAAGGGACCUCCAUUAAUAAUAUUUUAAAUUUUAUUGGCUUUUAAUUAUUUGUACUUUUUAUUUAUAUAAUGCAUAUGUAUCUAGAAACUCAAUUGCUUCAUCCACAUAUGAUGUUGACCACUACACUCUGCUUCAUUACUACAAAAUACAACAGUUGUAGCCAAAACAUGGAAGUGUGUUUAUUUUCAUUAAGUCAAAUCAUGGAUUUUCCAAAACUUACACAUUAUAGUUUCAAACAUAUAAUGAAGUAACUGUACAAUAAACAAACUUCUAUGUUAAACAUAAAGUGAAACAUUCUGAAAUCCUCUAAUUAUCAGAAAUACCUCAUUCAAAAUAACAAUGAAAACAACUGCUAGUAAGUAAUAUUACCAAAAAUCAGGUAUAUAAAUAUUCAAUACAUUGCAAAACUGAAAACAAAAAUACACCUGAUUUUACUUUGCUGUUACUUUUCUAUUUAUCCUCAAUCAACGCACAAAGCUUAAAGGAUCAUACUGUUCAGCAACUCCAACUUGAAGUUUCUAAGGCUGAGAGAACAUUCUUAAUUAAGAUUAAAAUUUGUAUACUGCGCAACAUUCUCUCCAAACAAAAGUCAUUUUGUUCUUAUAUUAUGUUAGAGAAUGUCACAUCCAGCAGCCAUCCAUUUUCUUUUUCUGAUUUCAAUAUGCAAACAAAAUUUACUCUUAGGAAGCAAGCCAUACAUAAACCGCGGUAUUGUAUAAUAAGCGCAUAUUUACUGCAUUCCAUACAUCUCAGCUGAAUAAUGUACUGUACCAAACACCACUUUAAGCCCAGUCUGUUCUCUCAUCCUAGAGUAACUACAGUCAAGUCACCAACAAAGACUACACUGAAUAUUUCCAUUAAAUUCCUUGCUAGUUCCACCUAUUCUGAAAAAGAACUAAUUUAUUAUUUACCACACUAUAUACCUGCACUUCAUGACAUGAACACUUCACCCGCUGCUGAAUGAAAGUAAUUCUAUGUCUGUACAUAUCUGAUCCAUCUAUAUGGUGACAGCAGUGACACAAACAUGAAACUCCAUGCUCAAUAUUCUUUCUCUCUCUCAUUCCAUAAAAUAAUACCACACAGACAACAUGGUCCCAUGGACAAGAAAAUACUUAUAACUCAAUGAAACAGUAAUUGAAGGUAACAAAACAUUCACUGCACAAAGAAAGAAAGAAAGAAUGAAAGAAAGUAGGCCAGAUGAAUAAAGACUUGGAUGGUUUCCAACUGUUCUUUUUCUCUUAGCAACGUCAGAGUUGCAAAAUAACAAAAUUCUUCACUUUGUACCAUGGGUGUCAAGGAACUUCUUUUUAACACAUUAUUAUUAUUAUUAUUAUUAUUCAAAUGUUUGAAAAAUUUAUAUUACAUUAUAUAUGUAAAUACACACAGGAGUCAAAUUACAAAACAAAAUGCCUUUUAAUGUCCAACAGUACAAAGAUGACUGUUGCAAAUAUACAUAAAAUAAUGAAAGUGGUGUAAAGCCAAAUUUUUCACUCAGAAUAUAAACCAGGAAGUAAAACAUAUCUAUGUUUUUAGUAAUUUUUCUUAUUAUAUAUAUAAACAGUUUACUGUAUGUAUGUACAUAUAUUUAAUUCAACUGUUUCUUCCUACUUCUCCUAAAUUAAAUUAACAUGGGGCCCCUAAAAAUUCAGAACCAUCCAAAUUUGAAACUGAAAAAUUGCUCUUUGCUUCAUAGUGUAAUGACAACAGCAGGAAGUUCUAAAUACUGUCAGGAGACAUCUUCAGGUCCUUACA